AUUUUGAAAGCAUUUUAUACAACAGACGGAGUGCUUAUAAAUAGUAUGAAUGUCAAGUUUCCAUUGGAGAGGAGAGAGCUCAUUCAUAACGUCACACCAAUUUUUUGUUCCUUCCUCAUUUAGUUUUUGUAUGGUGUGUACAUUCAGCUCUCAGUUCACUUGCUAAGAAAUAAUUCACUGAAAAAAUGGCCAAUUUAGCAUUACCAUCGAGAAUGUAUCAAUUAAUGAUCAAAACAGCUGAACCCAUGGUACCAAAAAAAAUGAUUCCUUUAUGGAAUCAUCCCGCAGGUCCAAAAACAGUAUUUUUCUGGGCUCCAGCAUUUAAAUGGGGUCUCGUCAUUGCCGGACUGGGUGAUCUGAGCCGACCAGCCGAAACACUAUCCAUAUCACAAUCGGCAUCGCUAUUCGCUACCGGUCUUAUCUGGUCCCGUUACUCACUAGUUAUCAUUCCAAAGAAUUAUGGCCUUUUUUCGGUGAAUCUUUUCGUGGCUGGCAUUCAAUUCGUUCAGCUGUUGCGAGCGUACAGGCACGCACAAGCUAACAAAACCGAAACGAAAAAAGAAUAGGAAUAGUUCACGCGGUUGGUCCGUGUCAUGAUGAUGUAUAAAAGUAGUGGAAGAGUUUGUAAAAUGCGAUAAUGAAAACCGUCAGUUACCGAUAAAUUAAUUAAAAAUGGAGAGGAGGGAGGGGUUAGAUAAAUGUUUUACGGUCUUGUUUCCGUAAUUUUGUUAGAUUC